AUGUUUAAUCGUAUAUUCAGACCAGGACUAGUGCAAAAUUCUGUCCUUUUGAAGUGCGCGACCCGUUCUAGACUGCAAGUUGCUGGCCAUAAGCAAAGCGGUUUCCUAGCCCCUAGGUUGCUUCACUGUGGUCGCCUACUACAAAAAGAAGUUCAGACAAGCUCGGUAAAGAAUAGUUACUUCUCUGAGAGGUUUGGAAAAUUUGUCAGGCUGUCAAUAUUUACCACCGGUAUCAUUGUUUCCUCUAUUGGUAUCUCGCUAAUAGGAUUUUUCCUUUAUGAUGCCACAACAUAUAAGGACUGCGAUCAACCACAGUUUAUCGAAGUCCCCAAGCUGGCUUUGAACCCCGAGCUUGGUGGGCCUGAAAAUUUACCGAUCUUGAGAGACAAUCUUGAUGCUUAUGAUUCAGAAGACAAGGAAAAGUUGUCCUACCGGCCAAAAUUAGUUGUGUUGGGCUCCGGUUGGGCGUCAGUUGGUGUUCUUAAGUCCUUAGCUUCGGGAGAGUAUGACGUAACUGUUGUAUCGCCCCAAAACUAUUUUCUGUUCACGCCUCUUUUGCCAUCCGCUGCCACGGGAACCUUGGAGGUCAAAUCAUUAAUGGCUUCUAUUAGAAAACUUGUUAACGAGGUGAGUGGCCACUAUUUAGAGGCCAAGGCCGAAAAAGUGGAGUUCGCUGAAAAGUUGGUGAAAGUAUCUCAAUUGAAUCCACAAACCGGCGAAAAAAGACACUUCUAUCUGCCAUAUGAUAAGCUGGUUAUUGCUGUGGGAUCAAGUGCUAAUACUCAUGGUGUCGAAGGUUUGGAGAAUUGCUCUCGCUUAAAAACAGCAGAGGAUGCCAUCACUUUAAGAAGAAAAAUCAAGGAUAAUCUGGAAACUGCCUGCUUGCCUACCACCACUGAUGAAGAGAGAAAGAAGCUUCUAAGUUUUGUGGUUUGCGGGGGAGGUCCUACUGGUGUUGAAUUUGCUGCUGAGGUAUUUGAUCUGUUGAAUGAAGACUUACCGAAGAUUUAUCCAAGAAUUUUGAGGCAACAGGUUUCUGUUCACAUUAUUCAGUCGCGUUCUAACAUUUUGAAUACAUACGAUGAAACCAUAUCCGAAUAUGCCAUGCAGAGAUUUAAGAAAGACGACAUUGACGUUUUAACGAACUCCAGAGUCCAUAAAAUUCUUCCCGACAGGGUCAUCUUUACCCAGAAAAAUGCCGAGACCGGAGAAAAAGAGCUGAAAGAAUUACCCUUCGGGUUGUGCCUAUGGUCUACCGGUGUUGCACAAAAUCCUUUGGCUCAACAGGUUGUUCAAGAUUUGUCUGUUUUUCAAAGAAACAGAAGAGCCAUUGAAACAGACUCACAUCUGAGGGUACUUGGCACUCCAUUGGGAGAAGUUUACGCCAUUGGUGACUGCGCAACUGUGCGUACAGAUCUGGCUGAACAUGCCGUAGAAUUUGUAAGGCAGUUCAUUGUCAAUAAGCAUCUUCACCCAACGAGAAGCACCGAAAUUAUUACUGACGACGACAUAAAGCACCUAUCAAUAUCAUAUGAUGAAGUUCAAGACCUCGCAAGGGAACUUCUUAGAAGGCAUCCCCAAACCAGGGAACACUUGUACAAUGUUGAAGAAAUAUUACCCAAAUAUGAUACAAGAAAUUCUGGAUGUUUGGACUUUAACCAAAUCACUCAGCUUCUGAGAGAUGUCGAGAGUAAGGCCACUUCCAUGCCCGCUACGGCUCAGAGAGCCCACCAACAAGGUAAGUAUAUUGGUAAAAAGCUUACCAAAGUUGCCAGGAGUUCUGAAAUUGUGAAUGUGAACGAAAGUCCCCAACUCAUAUCCGAUGAAUCGGCUUACAAAGCUUUCAAAUACGUUCACUUGGGGUCUCUGGCCUAUAUUGGUAACUCUGCGGUUUUCGAUAUCCCAGGGUACUCUUUUGUGGGUGGCUUGAUUGCAAUGUACUUGUGGCGUGGUAUUUACUUUGCUCAGACAGUCUCCUUGAGAACAAGAGUGCUAUUAUUCAUGGAUUGGCUAAAAAGAGGAUUCUUUGGCAGAGACAUUUUGACCAUCUAG